GCUGAGAUCCACGAGUCGGCCCACCGGAGACUCCAAACACCCCGGCUGAGCGAGCGCACCCCCCUCCGCAGACUUCAGAAGAGCAGCCUGCAGCCUGAGAGGACAACACUGUAUUGCGCUCGGAUGCUCAACUCGGCAAAGCCUUCUCCACUUUAGAGCGAGGGUGGGGGGGGGACAUGUUACGGUUUUAUUUAUUUCAUCUUUAAAAGUUUUUUCGCACGACAUCUCCACCCCUGUGUGAAGUGCUGCUUCGUUGGAAGGUGAAAGCGAUCUUACCGGACAGAAUUCACCUGGGUUGGCAAGCUGUGAUCUUGCGAUGAAGAUGGCAGCGCUGUACCAACAGUGGGGGGUCCUGGCCAUGCUCGUGAGUGUCUUGCUGCCCUGCUGUUUAUCCCAGCAGACCACUCCCUCCCCGCAGCAGAGCAGCAAGCUCAAGUUCCGCCUGGCCGGAUACCCCCGCAAGCACAACGAGGGCCGCAUCGAGGUCUUCUACAAGGGCGAGUGGGGGACCAUCUGCGAUGACGACUUCUCCCUGGAGAACGCCCAAGUGCUCUGCAAGCAGCUGGGCUUCAUCUCGGCCACAGGGUGGGCGCAUAGCGCCAAGUACGGAAAAGGAACAGGGAAGAUCUGGCUGGACAACGUGCAGUGCAGCGGCAGCGAGAACAGUAUCGGCGACUGCAAGUCCCGCGGCUGGGGGAACAGCGACUGCACCCACGAUGAGGACGCGGGGGUCGUCUGCAAAGACGAGAGGCUGCCGGGGUUCGUGGAGUCCAACGUCAUUGAACAAGUGGAGGAGAACCGCGUGGAGGAGGUCAGGCUGAGGCCAGUGGUGUCCUACGCCCGGAAGAGAAUGCCCAUCACGGAGGGCAUCGUGGAGGUCAAGCACAAGGACGGAUGGGCCCAGAUCUGCGAUGUCGGCUGGACCUCCAGGAACUCCCGGGUCAUCUGUGGCAUGAUGGGGUUCCCCCACGAGCGGAAGGCCAACAAGAACUUCUACAAACGAAUUAAAAAGAGGGCUGCUAAGGCAAAACCAAAGAUUGUUGGGCCCAAACUCAGGCAGAAACCCAAACCCAAACCUAAAGCUAAAUCUAAACAGAAUGAGGACUCAAGGCUGUAUGCAGAGAGACAGCAGAACCACUACCUGGUUCACUCAGUGGCUUGCACCGGCCACGAGGUCCACCUGUCAGUGUGCCCCCUGCAGUUCAACGAGGGUAAUGCCACGGCCAGCUGUGAGGGAGGCAUGCCUGCUGUGGUCAGCUGCGCUCCAGGCCCCCAGUACGCUGUGGGCAGCAGCCAGAAAAAGAAACAGAAGACAACGUACCGGGUGCGGCUGAAGGGCGGCGCCAAGACCGGCGAGGGGCGCGUGGAGGUCCUGAAGAACAACGAGUGGGGCACGGUGUGUGAUGACCGCUGGAGCCUGCAAGCCGCUAGCGUAGUCUGCAGGGAGCUGGGCUUCGGCAGCGCCAAAGAGGCUCUCACAGGGGCUAGGAUGGGCCAAGGGAUGGGUCCCAUCCACAUGAAUGAGGUUCAGUGCAGUGGUCACGAGAAGUCGAUCUGGGACUGCCAGUUCAAGAACAUCACAGCUGAGGACUGCCAGCACCAGGAGGAUGCCUCUGUCAAGUGCAACGUCCCCUACAUGGCCUAUGAAACCACGAUCCGGCUGUCUGGCGGGCGGACGCGCUACGAGGGCAGAGUGGAGGUGGUGACGGUGGACGGCAAUGGCACGGAGAGCUGGGGGCUCGUUUGCGGAGAAGGCUGGGGUACCCGAGAGGCCAUGGUGGCCUGCCGCCAGCUGGGGCUGGGAUUCGCUAACCACGGCUUGCAAAUCCGGCUGGUUGGCGGACGGUCUGCCUACGAGGGCCGAGUGGAGGUUAAGAGGGGGUCGAAGUGGGGAACUAUUUGCAGUGAUGGCUGGACAACCAGAGAGGCAAUGGUAGCGUGCCGCCAGCUAGGGCUGGGGUACUCCCUGCAUGCCGUCACAGAGACGUGGUACUGGGACAGCAGCAACGUGACGGAGAUGGUGACGAGCGGGGUGAGGUGCACGGGCGACGAGAUGGCGCUCAGCCACUGCCAGGCCCACGCCGCCUUCCAGUGCCAGAAGGCCAGCCCGCGCUUCGCCGCCGGCGUCAUCUGCUCCGAGACUGCCUCGGACCUCAUCCUGAACGCCCCCCUGGUGCAGCAGACCGUCUACAUCGAGGACCGGCCCCUCCACAUGCUCUACUGUGCCGCCGAGGAGGACUGCCUGGCCAAGUCGGCUGCCAAGGCCAACUGGCCGUACGGGCACCGCCGCCUGCUGCGCUUCUCCUCGCAGAUCCACAACAUCGGGCGCGCCGACUUCCGCCCCAAGGCGGGCCGCCAUUCCUGGGUGUGGCAUGAGUGCCAUAGGCAUUAUCACAGCAUGGACAUCUUCACUCAUUAUGACCUCCUGUCAGUGAACGGCUCAAAGGUGGCAGAUGGACACAAGGCCAGCUUCUGCCUUGAAGACACAGAAUGUCAAGAAGGGGUUUCUAAACGGUAUGAGUGCGCAAACUUUGGCGAGCAGGGCAUCACAGUGGGCUGCUGGGAUUUGUAUCGCCAUGAUAUUGACUGCCAGUGGAUUGACAUGACUGAUGUCAAGCCAGGGAACUACAUCUUACAGGUUGUUAUAAACCCAAACUAUGAAGUGGCCGAGAGUGACUUCACCAACAACGCCAUGAAAUGCAAUUGCAAAUACGACGGCCAUCGGAUCUGGUUGCACAACUGCCACAUUGGGGAUGCUUUCAGUGAAGAGGCAGAGAGGAGGUUCGAACAGUAUCCUGGACAGCUCAACAACCAAAUCUCCUAACUCUGCAGGGUGUCCAACACAUGGACUUCAAAGAUGCAGACAAGCAUUUGGGCAGGGGGAUUCAUGACACCAAAUCUGCAUUUGUGUCUAUUGACCCAACACUUCCAAACCAUCAUUGAGUGCUUGUCCAUCCGAUACUUCUAAUGAAUGUGAUGAUGAAGUGAUGAUCAAUCUUGGGGCAUCAAGACUUACCGUAUUUUUGGUAUUAUAGCUAAACCUAAGACUUACGAGAGGACUAUGUGAUAGCUUUAUACAGUUGUCAGUACAGUAUAUACUUGAAUAUGUAGUGACUCUUUCUUAUUGAAAAUGACUUUAUUUCUUCAUUAUGUAAAACAGGCAGCUUUGUAUAUGCAUCAAAGCUAAAAAUAUUUAGGACUUUAAGCUACCUUGUGUUACUUUUUAUUUUCUGAAUAAUUAUUUUUGGUGUCUGCACAGCUAAUAUGAAUUGUGUUUUACUUCUGAUCAACUUUUAACACAAGAUUUGGAACUGGUGGAUUUUCAGUUUAAAAAGCAAAAAAGGAUACUACUCACCUGUAAUGCCAUUUAAAUUCUGGAGAUUAAAAAGGUCAUAAUUUGAUAAGUCAGUGGGAUAAAUGCCAUUGAUGGAGGUAAACAAAUGUAUGUUAAAUACCCUUUUAACAUGUUCAACGUAAGAAAUGGAAGCUUCUAAGCGAACUCUGUCAGGACAUUGAAAUAUUCAGCUCUUUGGCACUGCUCAUAUUUGGUGUUUAUACCAAAAAUGUUUGAACAUGUUCUAUGGUAAUUUGAGUAUCUUCUAUGGUAAAUGAGAAGUGUGUCUCUUUUUAAUAUAUUGUUAAAUGCUGAAGGGAGUAAUAUGACUUAAAAAUAUUUCAAAUAGUGGCAUGUCAGGACAGUACAUACAAUAUAAUUACUAUAAAUAAUUGCUUUAUGCAGGAGAUACAUCUUUGCAUAGAUUCAACUUAACCCUUUUAAUAUGGGUUGAAAGGUGUUGCAUCCAAACUGUCAUCUAAGAAAAUAAUACUUGACCUCCACCGUAACUGUGCAGCCUAGAAGAAAAGGGAUGGACAGUUACAGAGUGCAGCUGUUUUAAUAUCAUACCUGGGUAAGAACCAGUAGAAACACGUUAGGAAAUAAGUGUUCAAACCACCUUCAUUCCCCUGUGUGGCUGGAAAGUGAUCAGACACCUUGACAAUCUCACAAUGAGAGCUUCCUGACAGGAGAACAGUCUAUUAAAUCAGCUAUAGGAAACUCACUCCAACAACACAGUAGCCUAAUUAGCUGGAGUAAAAUUUUAACUGAUAGAUCCCCCCUCUGAUUAAAAAAAAAACAUGGUUGGAUCACUGUCAAAUACCCGCAUUGAGGUUUGUAGAAACAUCGAAGACUUUCCAGUUUUCAGCGGCAGGCCAUGCUGGUUUGGUUCAGUAUGCGGUUCUGUCCCUUUGCCCAUGUGUCAGCCUGCACUGAAGAGCCUUUGUAGCUUUUAAGAAACGACGACUGUUUUUUUAAUGGACGUGGAGGUUAUCAGUUUGUCAGCAGCAAUCGUAGCAGAAGAGGAAUUGUAUGUUGUGCUUGGUGCCAGGAAAUUAUUCUAACACAAUUUAAAAUAUAAAAGCAAGUGUUGCUGCCUUUUUUUUGCUUUACUUUGGACCUUCGUCUGCCACUUUGGAGCCUCGUAUAUCCUUUAUUUUCAUGUCAAACAUUUCUUUUUUUGGAUAGGGAUAUGGGAGGGGAGCUACUACAGGAACCUCCACUUUCAUGUACACAGACUCCUUAUUGACUUUGUAUUGCACUAUUUAUUGUCUAUUUUAAAGGUGCUCAAAAUGUGCAGUACAACUCUAAAAUCGACUAUAUAUUAUGGUUGUUGUUCAUAGGUGCUAUUUAUGCCAAAGGAAGAGAGUAUCAUAUUGUACAUCUGUACGCAGCUCAAAAUGAAGAAAAAUAAAAUCAGGAACCAUCUGAAA